AUUUUUUAUGAUGAUUGUUAGGAAACCGAUAUCAGUCGACAAUCAAGAAGCGCUCAGAACGGUUGCACUACAGUUUUCUCCAACUAUUUCCCCAAGUAUUUCAACGUUUUUAUUUUUUUUUUCUUUUUCAUAUCGUACAAUUGAACUUGUUCGUCGUUAUGGCGGAUAACUCGUGAGGGCAGUACAAGUUUCUGUAGACCAGUAGAAAAAAUUGAGAUAAAGUAGAAUAAAAAGUUGUGAAGAGGCGAGUAGAAUGACGACUUUAGGAGCAGCCGCAUGGCUGAGCCUGGCCCUCUUGGUUGAGGGCCUUUUCGCUGAGGAAGUCAUCCUCAGCGUCAACACUAAAAGGCCAUUGGCAAUCACCAGCGAAAAGUUUCUCAGCAUUACUCUCGAUCCCGCUGAUGUGCUCACUGGAAAUUUCAUCACAGACAAUCCCGAGAGAAGUGUAAAUAUGGCGAGGGCUUUAUCACCGGCGUAUGUACGUAUAGCCGGACCGAGGAGUAAUUCAUACACCUUUGCGAGAGCUUACACAACCCACGAGGAGGAUCCUAGUUUUAUUUUUACAGAGACACAGUGGAAUACGGUGAACGGAUGGGCUGCGAAUUCGGGUUUAGAUGUGGUAGCGGCUCUAACGCCUCAGCAGCAUUCCGAGGGGAAUGGUGGAGCAACAAGAGAUGCAGUUUGGGAUUCCCGAAACGUACUGGACCUCAUUUCAUUUAGCGAUCAUAUGGGUUUCAACAUCAGCUGGCAACUUGGAUACGAAUGCCAGACGAGAUGUGACAUUAGUGGGGGAGAUUUAGGCAAGGACGUGAUGAGAUUGCGAAGUAUGCUCGAGGCAUUCCCCAGAUUCGCCAGGAGUAUCAUAGCUGGACCGGAUGUUGUCACAUUUAAAACUAGAUUGCAGCAAUCGUAUCUCCAAGAGUAUUUGAAUGCCGGUACUGGCGGCCUCUCAGCAAUUACGUGGCAUCCGGACUUUGCCACUAUCAGCCUCGAUCCUAUUGGAGUCUCCAUGCAUCACGAUAAUUUAGCUCUGGACAGAGACGCUCUGUACCGAAUAAUUGGACGUCACAUGGCAAAGAAACCACUCUGGCUCGCUGAAUCGAAAUCCGAGGAAUGUAAGAAACAAUUUCUGGGAGCUCUAGUUUGGACCCGACGUUUGGGAAAUUCAGCGAAACUUGCCCAAGUUCUGAUGAGGCAACCUCAAGAGUCAAAUCUCUUCGAGCCAACCCCAGACUAUUGGGUAUCCGUUCUCUACAAAACUCUCGUUGGUCGUGAAGUUCUCGAUACCAAAAUAGCAAUGGGUAACCGCACCCACAUACACUUCUAUUGUCAGUGUACAAGACCCUCCUCAAAGUACGAGAAGGGCUCCCUUACUGUUUUUGGCAUCAACCUGACGCCCGUUAAACUCGCUGUUAGUCUGAAAGGGCUCAAGAUUAAAACUCUCCACAAGUACAUUCUAUUGCCAGGCUUCGAUGCGGAAAACCGAAUGUUUUCCGAGACUGUACUCCUCAACAACCAGCCAUUGAAACUUGAAAAUGGAAAGGAUAUGCCGGAAAUUAAUCCGCUAGUGGCUACCAGUGCAAAGGGACUCACCAUGAAGUUGCCCUCUGGAGGGAUAGGCUUCUGGGUCAUACCCGAUCUCAAGGUGAAGUCUUGCGAGGGCCAGGAGAAUGACAGCGUAGAUAAGAUGGUGCUGAAAAAAUUGGCAAAGCGCUUGGAGGAAUUUGGAUCGGAGGAAGACAGCGGUAAUGAGGAGGCUGAUGCCCAGGAAAUUGAAGACGACUCAGAUGAACGUCGCCCAUUACUAAAAGCAUCGAAAAAGCGCAGAAAAAAGGGUCGUUACAGCGCUGAGGAGGAUGAGUUAACGCGAUAUAAGAAGUUGGACGCCAGAAGAGAUCUCGAGAGGCUUGAAAAAUUGUUGAGAUGGCGUGAAAAUAUCGAGGAGAGACGAGCAUUAACGCUGCGCGGUAAACCAGCCCACAUUGGUUUUGAUGAUAAAAGCUACGAAAUUAAUGGCGAUAAUGCAUCUGAGGAGGAGAUACGAGCGAAAUUACAGAUGUACAAGCGACGGUUGGAUGAAUACGAAGCGAGAAAGAGGAAUUCUGUGAGACCGAGAGAUAAAAUACAUGAGGAGAAUGAGGCAUUGGAUAGAGAAAGAAUUGAAGAGGCCAUGAGGCUUAUCAGCAAGGUGGAAAAUGCCAUGAAAAGCCUUGAAGACAGUCAGGAUUCACUCGACGCGGGAAAUGACAUUGCUGCUGGCCUUAACGUUACCAAUGCUGAGGAGCACUUCCUUGACGAAUUACUCAAGACGAGGAAGAUUAAGAGAACCAGUGUUCCUCAGAAAAUUGAGGAGCAAUUGAGAGCAAUCUAUGAGAUGCUCGCCGAUGAGAAGAAGCGGAGACAGCGACGCACGGAGGAGAGCGAAAUAACCCAAGUAAAGGAUGAGACCUUAUCGAGGAGCAGAAGGGAUGUUGAUAAAAAAUUCGGGGAUGACCCACUUGGAUUGCGAAAGGAGUCGUGGCUCUCGAGGAGACGAAAUCGAAAUGAAGAUAUCAAGGAACGCAAGCUAGCAAAGCUUAGAAAGAAAGGAGACAAGCAUUUAUUGUCCAACAGCAAGGAGAACAACUUUUAUGGUUUCGCUAAACGACAGCCUUCCUCCACCUUCCCCACGGGCGAUGUUUAUUUCAUGACUGCAGAAUCGUCGGAGGAAAAUAGAAAUAAGGACUACGAUUAUGUUGACGACACGUAUUCCGAGGUGAGGCACAGACGAAUGACUCUGGAUAACGCUGACGUACCGGACCAUGAAAUUCAGCCCUGGAUCGAAGACGAAAAUUCGGAGAUUGGCUACAUUCCCAAAGAAUUCUUGGAGACGAGUAAUGUCGCUCCUCUGAACAUCAACAAACAUCUCGCCAAUUAUGGGGAAUUAUUUGAAGCGGAAGCCCUUUCUGAUAGAACCUAUGAUCACGAGAAUGAAAAAUCCGAUCCUGCGGCUGAAAAAAUACUUCAACAAAAACCCCAAAACGAGUCUCAAGAUAAAAAAGUUAAAGAACAGGUUGUUAAGAAAUUAAAAGGGUAUUAUGAUAAUUUCCCAUCGGAUCAAUCAGAUGAGGAUGAGACUGCCUUCGGCUUGAGAAUCGACAAAACAAGACCGGUCGUGCCUACCCGAGAGAGUCCAACUCAGCGUCCGAAAAAAUUUCGCGAGCCCACGGUGGAAAAAAAUGUUGGACGAUCGAAUCAGGGUGAUAAUUUUAGAGCAACUAGCGCUCAUCGCACCACGUCAUCAAGUGAACUCGAUGCUGUCUACAGAUUCGAACCGAGAAAUUCAAUGAGAGGCUACAGAAGACCCAGACGAAACAUCGAUUCGAUUCUGAAUAAAGAAAUGAUUUUUCAGGAUGAGAAUAAUUUGAAAGACUGUCAUUGUCGGGUUAUCAGGGGGAUGAAGGGCAAAAAAUACAGGGACUGCAAGGUUUGCAAGAGAUUCACUGAGCUCGCAGAACUUGCUGAUGCAAAGAGGCGCGCUAGAAGAGGUAAACUACUACGAGGUCGAAUAAGGAGCCGUAGGGAUGCUGCUUUAGAAGAGGAAGAGGAGGGCUAUGAGUAUGAAGAAGAGGAUGGACAGGCUACUCUAGAAGCUGAGGUUGAAAAUGUUUCUGAAGAGAUUGGUGAGGAUGUGGAUUUCUCUGAAGAAUUUGAUGAUAUCGAGGAAGUCAUUGAAGAGGUUGAGCAGAAUUUUGAGCCUGAGAGCUAUAUUCGGUCCGAUAGAGAUGCACCGAUCAUCACCCAAACAAUCCCUCCAGUACCAACAACAACCGUUCCAGUGGCCAAUCCACCAGCAGUUGUAACUAAAAAAAAAUUACAAGUCCAGAAAAAUAUUAAUAGAAUUAUCAAACCCAAAGAGAAGAGCUUGAAACGAUCUCCAGGCACUUCACGAAUUUCUGAACAUAUUCGCACUGGAGCUACCGAGAACGAAUCUACUGAGAAAAUUAAUCAGGCAGAUAUCGAAGCGGUACCUAAUGAAUCAAACAAACAAAUCAUCACCCCUGAUCAGCUCGAGAUGAGGGAAACAUCAGCAGAGUCGAAUCCUCAUGUUCAAACGGCUACUGAAAACCCCAGAGAAAUAAAAACAAGAGAAGCUACAAGUGAACAAUCAUUAAAUACCACAGAAACAUCUCAAGUUCUCGAAACCGCGAAACCAACGAGCAAAAGUUUAAGAGCAUCUCGAAAAACUCAACCAAAAGACAAAAUAAAGAUAAUAGAUAAUGCUAAAGCUAGAGAAGGUCGUUUAACAGCCAAAUCUCAAGCCCUUCUUGCUAAGAAGCCGUUAGAGACUCCUUCCAAAAUUCUGGCAUCGGAAACAGCAAAACUUCAAGAAAUCUACAGACAGCGACUCGAGGAACUGGAGAAACUCAGAGAAAAAUUAAAAAAUAAGAGAAAGACUCUGCAGGAAUCAAUACUGGUUAACGAGUUGGGAAAAUCCGCCGAUAGCUCAACGAAAGUCAUCAAGAGACGUGAAAUAAUGCAGCUGUUGAAAGAAGAGCAGGAGCUACAGAGCAUUGUUGACAAAGGAAAAAGGGAUUACGUGAUGCUGUACAAACCAAUUAAUUAUGCCACUCUACCAAAAUUGCACAGCAGAGAAAAUGUACCGGAGAGCAAAUAUAUUUUCGAGUAUACUAGAGUUGAUAGGCCAUUUCAUGAAUUUAAAGAGAAAACUCUAGAGAACGGUGGAAACACGGAAACUCUUGGAAGUCAACUAAUAAUCGGUGGGAAUUCGCAUGACGCAAUUGUUGAAAAUUCAGAGUAUCCAGAUAUUACCCAAUAUCCAAUGCUUCCGGAAACAAACACCCAAUUUUCCUUCGGAGAACCGGAAAAGUUAACGAAAGAGGAAGUGUCUAUACCGGAAACUAAAAUUAACCGAGGUGAUCGACGUCCUAGAUUACCACCUCCCCCAAUGAACAAGAAAAAAACUAUAACUGAUGAGAAUAAAAAAUCUAAAUUUAUCUAUAUGAAGGAUGACUUGAGUACUGCCUCUACUGAUUUCAACACUUCUCAUUCGAAUAUUUAUCUGAAGGAGAGCAAGGACACUCCUCUCGGCCCGAAGAAAAAGGGAAAAUAUGAGAGCCCGAAGUACGCUAGACUGACUGUAGAGAAAAUCGGCACGGAGAAUGAGAGACUGAAUAAUGAGGAUCUCCACGGAGCCUUCAACGUCGACGAGGCUCUCAACUCCAGUAAAUACGAGCUGAUGAAGUUGGCUCCUUUGAAGAAUGAGAAACAACAGCGAGAGAAACGAGAAAUUAGUAAUGCGAUAAGAAGGGGUGAUGCAGAGAAUGACAUUUGGGAGAAUGGUAUUACACUAGAAGAAAUUGAACGAAGAAAAUUUGGGGACAACUCUGUAGACAUUUACACGGGUGUGAACAUCUCCAAGGGUCAACGAGCCACUGUGCAGCCUGAGUUAAUCGAUCAGGAAGAUCCUCUCUUCUCGUUGGUUGAGGGGGCAAUUCCUAAAAUCGGUGAGGCUGUGACUAAUGGCCUCGGUAAAGCGCAAAAUGUCACAGGAUCCAUCGAGAAAUUGAUCAAUCAAUUCGAGGAAGCUCAAAAUCAAGAAGAAUGUCAAGACGAGAACACCGAAUUUGAACUGGCUGCAAAAAACAACCCCGAUGGACUGUUAACUCAUGAUUUUUUCCAAGAUACUAUCCGAAAUGUUAAAAACUUUUUCAAUUUUCUUGGUGGAUUUACCCGCGUGGUUGCCGCGCAUUGAUGUAUUUUCAUUGUGUACUGAGAGAUCAUUUUUAUUACUGAAACUUUUGUAAUGCCAUAUUUAUUAUUACCCCGAAUUUCUAUGAGUAAUCAAUUUGUAUCAGUUUUGUUAUUUUUAUUGCGCAAAUUAAUAAAGAAAAAAGAGUGAUGAAAUGAGCAAUA